UUGCUGCCUGCUCCGCGGCUCUUUGUCUCCACUUCGGGCAGGCUCCCGACUCUGGGAUUUCGCUGUGAGAGCGGGCUGGGGGGGCCGGGGGCGAGCUCUCGGUUUCCCGGCCGCCCCCCGCUCGGGCUCUGCUCCCCCCUCCCCCGCACCUCCCCAGCCCGGGCUCUCGGCGCUUCCACGCUCUCGGAAUCACGACCCCUCCCUGCCAUGUAUCCGCAAGGCAGACAUCCGGCUCCGCAUCAACCCGGGCAGCCGGGAUUUAAAUUCACGGUGGCUGAGUCCUGUGACAGGAUCAAAGACGAAUUCCAGUUUCUGCAAGCUCAAUAUCACAGCCUCAAAGUGGAGUACGACAAGCUGGCGAACGAGAAGACGGAGAUGCAGCGCCAUUAUGUGAUGUACUAUGAGAUGUCCUAUGGCUUGAACAUUGAAAUGCACAAACAGACAGAGAUUGCGAAGAGACUGAACACAAUUUUAGCACAGAUCAUGCCUUUCCUGUCACAAGAGCACCAGCAGCAGGUGGCGCAGGCUGUGGAACGUGCCAAGCAGGUCACCAUGACGGAGCUGAACGCCAUCAUCGGGCAGCAGCAGCUCCAGGCGCAGCACCUCUCCCAUGCCACACACGGCCCCCCGGUCCAGUUGCCGCCCCACCCAUCGGGCCUCCAACCUCCAGGGAUCCCCCCGGUGACAGGGAGCAGCUCCGGGCUCCUGGCGCUUGGCGCCCUGGGCAGCCAGGCUCACCUGACAGUGAAGGAUGAGAAGAACCAUCAUGAACUUGACCACAGAGAGAGAGAAUCCAGCACGAAUAACUCGGUGUCACCCUCAGAAAGCCUCCGGGCCAGCGAGAAGCACCGGGGCUCUGCAGACUACAGCAUGGAAGCCAAGAAGCGGAAAGCAGAAGAGAAGGACAGCCUGAGCCGCUAUGACAGUGAUGGGGACAAGAGUGACGAUCUGGUGGUGGAUGUUUCCAAUGAGGACCCAGCGACACCUCGGGUCAGCCCUGCACACUCCCCUCCUGAAAAUGGGCUGGACAAGGCCCGUGGCCUGAAAAAAGACGCCCCCACCAGCCCUGCCUCAGUGGCCUCCUCCAGCAGCACACCUUCUUCCAAGACCAAAGACCUUGGUCAUAAUGACAAAUCCUCCACCCCUGGGCUCAAGUCCAACACACCAACUCCAAGGAAUGAUGCCCCGACUCCAGGCACCAGCACGACCCCAGGGCUCCGGUCAAUGCCAGGCAAGCCUCCAGGCAUGGACCCGAUAGCCUCGGCCCUGCGCACGCCCAUCUCCAUCACCAGCUCCUAUGCAGCGCCCUUUGCCAUGAUGAGCCACCACGAGAUGAACGGCUCCCUCACCAGCCCCAGCGCCUACGCCGGCCUCCACAACAUCCCGCCCCAGAUGAGCGCGGCGGCCGCCGCCGCAGCUGCCGCCUAUGGCCGAUCGCCAAUGGUUGGUUUUGACCCUCACCCCCCCAUGCGGACCACAGGCCUGCCCUCAAGCCUGGCCUCCAUUCCUGGAGGAAAACCAGCAUACUCUUUCCAUGUGAGCGCUGAUGGACAGAUGCAGCCGGUGCCCUUCCCCCAUGACGCCCUGGCAGGCCCUGGCAUCCCGAGGCAUGCCCGGCAGAUCAACACACUCAGCCAUGGGGAGGUGGUGUGUGCUGUGACCAUCAGCAACCCCACACGGCACGUCUACACUGGGGGCAAGGGCUGUGUGAAGAUCUGGGACAUCAGCCAGCCGGGCAGCAAGAGCCCCAUCUCCCAGCUGGAUUGCCUGAACAGGGACAACUAUAUCCGCUCCUGCAAGCUGCUCCCUGAUGGGCGCACGCUCAUUGUGGGUGGCGAGGCCAGCACGCUUACCAUCUGGGACCUGGCUUCACCCACGCCCCGCAUCAAGGCCGAGCUGACGUCCUCAGCUCCCGCCUGUUACGCCCUUGCCAUCAGCCCUGACGCCAAAGUCUGCUUUUCCUGCUGCAGUGAUGGGAACAUUGCCGUCUGGGACCUGCACAACCAGACCCUGGUCAGACAGUUCCAGGGCCACACGGAUGGGGCCAGCUGUAUAGACAUCUCCCACGAUGGCACGAAGCUGUGGACCGGGGGCCUGGACAACACUGUGCGCUCCUGGGACCUGCGGGAGGGCCGGCAGCUACAGCAGCAUGACUUCACUUCCCAGAUCUUCUCUCUGGGUUACUGCCCCACUGGGGAGUGGCUGGCAGUGGGCAUGGAGAGCAGCAAUGUGGAGGUGCUACACCACACCAAGCCCGACAAGUAUCAGCUGCAUCUGCAUGAGAGCUGCGUGCUCUCCCUCAAGUUUGCCUACUGUGGCAAGUGGUUUGUGAGCACUGGGAAAGAUAACCUUCUCAAUGCCUGGAGGACGCCUUAUGGAGCCAGCAUAUUCCAGUCUAAGGAAUCCUCGUCUGUCUUGAGCUGUGACAUUUCGGCGGAUGACAAAUAUAUUGUAACAGGCUCUGGUGACAAGAAAGCCACAGUUUAUGAGGUCAUCUACUAAACGAGGACUCUAACAGGGCUGUCGAACUCUGGGAGAAACCGACUCGGCUCUGACAGGGAGACCCCGGGCGAGGGACCCCAGGACGGCGGAGGCUGGGCCGCGGGGAGCCGAGCGUCCCGGGGCUGCGCUCCGGCGGUCUGAGAGGGUGCGUGCCUGUCAUGGGCUGGACUCCUGGGCAUGGAUUGAUGUGUCUCACAGACUCGGAUGGAUUUUUCUCCUCCUCCUCCCCCUAACAAUGCUGGCAGAUGCUACAAAUAGAUUUAUUUGGAGGCUUAUGGCUCUGGUUUCCCACAGACACCCUCAUGCAUCUCUGUGUUUUCUUCCCCUUUCUUUGGCCUUGGGUCGGGGUCACUGGAGUGGACCACAUUGUUGUGCUGGGGGAGGGGGGAUCUCUUUUUCCCAAUCGUGCAGUGCACAAGGUUUGUGAAAAAUGUAAAUAACAGACUCCUAUUACGGACUGGUCAGUGGGGGAGGAGGCCCCUUCCCACCGGAAACUCACACUUGUAUCUCGCCUGCUGUAUUUGUAAUCCACUCGUGGUGGUGGUGGUGGCUUUUUUGUUUGUUUGUUUUUUUAAACAGACGAUCCCAUCUGGGCAGGGGAGGCAGAGAGGGGCGCAAAAUGAAGAGGGAGUGGAAAGGGGAGAAAAAUCUUGGGGUGGAGAAAGGAACUGUGGUUGGCCCAGACUGACCAUAAAGUGCCCGCUGGAAUGCGCAUGACUGUGGCUGUGGGGAUUGUCCAAGGCGUGUCUGCACUGCCAGACAGACCGAAUGACUGAUGGGCAGUGCAGAGGUGGGCCAGCCGGGGCUGACGUCUCUCCAUGGUCUCUUGCAUCUCGCUCGCUCUCAGGCGUCUGUCUCGCUCUUUCUCUCUGUCUCUGUCCUCCUCCGCCUCAGUCUCUCUCUUUGGUGCACAGUCAGUUAUUGUGAUAAGUGGAAGUUGAAAGAAACUCCUUUUCCGGCUCUUAAUCUUCUGACACAGCCUAAAAAGGACAAAAAGUUAGAGGAACGCAUAGCAACUCAGCUCAGGGAGCUACCAGAGAAAAAUAGCAACUGAUGUGGGUGCUUUUUUUUUUUUUUUUUAAUUUGAAUAAAACGAAUUAGAAGUGAUGUCCUUUUAUAAAAUGCCUCUCCCCUUUCCUGCCUACAGCCCCUUUCUCUCCCUCUAAACGGGGAAUGAUGUAUUAACCUACAGGGUUGUAAGUCUGAAAGUUUAUCUUCCCCUCACCCCCACCCCGGGCAGGGCACUAGGGGCUGGGGGCUGGGGUGGGGGGACAUGGGUCCUGGCACACUAUGGUGAUUUCUUGCAGCUUCAGUCUCCCUUAUGGGCCCCUACAGGUUACAGGGAGAGUAUCGUCUCCUGCAGGUACCAUGUCUUGGUACCAAAAUGUUCUGAGGUAUUAGGAUUUUGUUUGUUUCUUUUGGUCUUUUUUUCUUCUUUUAAAGAAAAGCUGAAGGCCGUGAGUCCUGGUGGUGGGCUCUCCAUGGAUGUAGCAUAUGGAAGAUAAUUUUUAUACUGCAUUUUUAUGGAUUAUUUUAUAAUGUGUGAUUCUGUCUGGUGAGAAGGAAGGAGGGGCUCCAGGAACGCUGCUCGGCGCCAAGCAGCUCCCCUGCUGGGACAUGGAGGCCGGCGUGGCCCCUGUACCUUUCUGAGGCUGGGGGCGUGGUUGUCUAGAGUCUCUCUCUGGGUCUCAUGUUCAUCUGCCACCUCUUGUUAAGGCUCUAGCCAGAAGGGAGGGUGAGGGUAGAAGAAAGUUAUUCCUGAAGAAAAAAAGAAAAUGAAAAGUCAUUGUAAUGAUCUGUUUUUAUAUUUUUAAAAGUUACUAUUUAAA